GACGUGGAGACCGCCGGCCUCUGUCAUUUCCAUUCUGUUUUGUGUGAGUGUUCGAGCGCGCGUGUAUGCGUGUGCGUGUGCCUGAGUGUGUGAGUGUACGUGCGAAUGUGUGUAGGUGUAGAGUCGCGUGUCGUUCAGUUAUACACCAACAACAACAUCGACACCGCCAGCAACAACAAUAGAUAGACCGCACACCUUCGUAGCCCCCGUAGACCGCUCUUCGUUCGCAAAAAAAAAAACAAAAACAAAAAUCGAAAAACGGUCAGUAAAUCAAUAUACAACAAUAUUUAACACAAGUUACCAAUUAACCAUGCAGACAAAGUGUUGAAUCAAAACCCGUUAGAUAAAAUUCAAGUAACAAAAUAAAAUCAAGAAGCAAACAAAACAGUAACUGCAACAAUAACAAACAACAAACAUGUGAUUUUCUGUUGUGCCACCAGCUGCUGUAUGUCCUCUGUGUACAAAAUGGACGCCAGGAUGCAUCGCAACAUCAUCAUCGAACUCAAUUUCAUCAGCAUCGCCGUUUAGCAGCAUUUAUGCACCAGCAGCUUGACAUACACUUGUACACAACACCAACAACUGAGGCAGAGCGGCAACGUCAUCGGCAGCGGAAGCGACAUCAUUAGAGGCAACCAAACCAACUUAUAAAGUUGUGCCGACACUCGAAUCCGCCGAACAGCAUUGCCAUGCUCGGAGUCAACCAGUCGGAAUAGACGCACGAAGAGUCUCCUAAAGCAGUAGAGACAGCAGCAGCCGCAGCAGCGACAAUCACGAAGCGUCGUCGUCUGGGAGCGCCGUGGUUGGCGAUCUGUACUUUGGUUACGUUACGCUCUGCGUUAGUAAGCUUUUGACAGUUGACAACGCGAGACGCUUAAGGCGCACGGUAGUUAAUAACGACGACGGCAACGCGUCGCCGCUGUCGACGCAGUCGUCGGUGAACGCAACAACAAUAACAAAAUAAAAAUACAAUAAAACGCAAUUUGAAUAUUUGCCUAGUUGAAAAAAAAAUGCAACGCACUAACAUCGAGUUUGAGCGUCAACGUCAUCUGGCCAAUUGGUUGGUGAAGAGCAGUCCUCACAUGGCAGCUGCAGCGGCGAGUGCAGCGCAGCCACCCACAGCAGCGGGAGCAAUUGGCAGUACUGGAGCGUCGACAGCAGCGGUAGCUGUGAUUGGAGCAGGGGGUGUGGCAGCUGCUGCGCAAAUAGCGCCCGGCAACAGCGCUGCAGCCUGUAAUGGUGCCCCACCUGGUGCACAUCACGGGCCAUUGGCGAUGGCUGCUGCCACGGCUGCUGUUGAGGCGCGCAAGCCCAAGUUGCGUCGCUUUAACUCCCACGACACCAGCUCCAACAUGUUCUCUGUCGCCGACUUUGAGAACGCGCGUCUGGCGCGCCGCAACGAGAUCGAGCUGAAGCAGCGUCUGGCGCGACGCCAGCGCAAUAGCGCCAAUGGUAGCUAUGGCUUGGGCGGUGGUGGCGGUGGCGGUGGCGAUGUCGUCACUUCUGCAACUGGUGGUGGCCUCACAGCCAGCAAUGGCCAUGGCGGCUACACGGGUUUCUGUGGCGGACUCAAUGGCAGCGGCGAUUACUCCACCGGCGACAGCAAGACCUCCAAAGGCAGCGGCAGAAGAGAGGAACCCCUGCCCGCUGAUGUAUUCCUUGAGCGGUAUCCGUUGCCACGCGUUGCACGCUUUUUGUAUCCCAGUAAGAACUCAAACGAGACGCUCCAAUCGAGUUCGUCGCACGGCUCGUCGACGGCCGCAUCAAGCAGCUCCUCGGGGGGCCUUAAGGCGUCGCACAGCACCAGCAAUGGCAACAGCAACGAUGCCAACACUGGCACCACAUCAUCGUCCAGCGGCAGCAGUGGAAAUCAUCAACAGCAGCAACUCCACAAUAGCAGCAUCAACACUCUUGGGUUCAGUGAUGAAGUCUUUCUGCUAUAUAGGCUGGUGCGACAGCGCGAUAUCUAUCAUGGAUACAAUGCCAAGUUGCAGGCGUCGCAGCGCAAGAAAACUGUUCUCAUACCGCAGGAGUUUCCAGGUUAUUUCUCACUGCUGAACGAGAAGGGGCUGCCAACGGCCACACAAUACGGCUCGCUCAUGCAACUGGUGCGAGAGCGUGUCUACAAGUUCGCUUCGGUGGACAACAUGCCGGCGUUUAGCGAAUCAUCACCCAGUGCAGCCAGCAAUAGUCCCAGUCAUGAGGGCUGCCUGCCCACCAAGAAUCGACCACAGUACGUGAAGACAACGGCACGAGGCGGACAGGUAUUCCGGCUGUUGGCCGUCUUCGAGGAUGGCAAGCAGGAGCAUGGUCAGAAUGGCCACAGUCACAGUCAAUCGAAUAGUCUCAGCAAUUGCAAGCCGCACUUGGCAAGCGGCGGCGGUUACAUGGGACGCGACAAGGAGAAGGGUCGCUACGCUCAGCUGUUGAACGAACAGCGACAAGUGCUGUAUGUGCCACUCUCCACCAAGGGCAAGUUCUAUGAGAUUGAGCCGGGCAUACCGCAGCUGCUGCAGAAACUGGGUGACACGCAACGCAAACUGAAUCCAGAGUGUGUACAUCGCUUAGGUGCUCUUGUCUCGGCGGCCAAACAGUUGCCACUGAUGUUGCGCUACAUUUCGGGACCCGCCGGCACCGAGAUACCCGAGCAGCUAUGCAUCAGUCAUGUGAGCAAGGAGGAUGUGGUCAUUGGCUGUCCCAUUGACGAACAGUAUGCUCACAGCUCAACGCCACCAUCGGCCGCACAGCCGCCGUUGCAAUUGCGCAAAUUGUAUUGGAGCAGUGAUAUGCAGUUGGUAAAGUGUCUGCUAGGAUUCGUAUCAGAUCAGCGUAUGCUGGCCAAUGGAUAUGUGCAGAGUUUGCUCAAGUUUUGUCAAUUCAAUUGUGAUCAGUUUCUAAAACUGGUGGAGGUUGAGUUGCUGCAACGCAGCGAACGAUCCGGCAGUAAAACCCGUGAAGGUCUCAAGAUCCUCAAGCCGUUGCAUUUGCCGAAACUGUUGCGGCGCGAGAAGAGCAGUAUGGCGGCAAUAACGAAUACGUCGGCCCACGAGAAGGAGGACUCGAUCAUAUUUCUUAGCAAAACGGAUCUGGAGCAACUCGAAGCCAAAGAGGCGGCAGCAGCUGCUGCAGCCGCAGCGGCAACGCUCAACAGCAGCAAUGAAACCUCAACGCAGGGCACAAAUCGCAUCACCGAGCGCAUGAAGGUAUUUCAAUCCACCAAAAAGAAGUGGUUUCGCAAGCAACAACAACAUCAGCAGCAGCAACAACAGCAGGAGGAUAAGUCUUCUGUUGCGGAACUGCAAAUGGAUGUGCAGGCGAAGCGCAUGAGCAUGGAGCGUUAUACGGACAUGUCCAAGUUGUUGCAGGAGCGUUUUGGCAAUGUCAACAAUGAGACAUCCAAUGCCACAGUCCAAGCGGACACACAGUCGCUACACAGCGAGACGGAGACGACAACGUUAACCACCAGCAUUGACCACAGCUCUAUGCCCAAGUCGUUGGACACGCUGCUGCAAAAGUCCAUGUCGCUGCAGGAUAUUGAGCUUUUGAAUGGACAGCGACAGCAGCGUCCCGAUCUUCUUUCGGCACACAAUGCGGCUGGCAAUGCGGAUGCAAUUAGUGAGGCGGGCACCGAGCUGGAGGAUGUGGAGAAUCAAACGCCACCGCCCCAAUCAUUCAUCACCGAAAAGCUGUACAAUGAGUUCCAUGUAAAGACCCGACAAUACAGCAAAUCGUCGAGCAGCCUGCAUCAGUUGCGACACUUUUCGCUGCCGCAGAAGAUGCAGCUGCAUGAAACGGAACGUGAACGUCGCAGUCUGGCGCAAUUUAAGGCCGAACAGCAGCAGCUGGCCAAGGAGCCCAUCACUGGACGACGUGCUGCUGGUGGCGUCUCAUUACUGGGUGGUUUGGUAGCCUUGUCACCAGCUGCAUUGCUGUCGCCCACCUCUCUGGUGGAGGAUGAUUUGCCCUACUCGAAUGUACGCGAUUCUCUGGUGCUGUCCAGCCUGGGCAGUGUCCCCGCUUCGGCAGCACCUCAAGCAACUGUCGCACCCAUUGCUGUCGACUACACCAAGGAGAAUAUAUAUGCGGAGAUUUGCGCCUCACACACAUGCGACACUUUCUCGGGCGUUACGCAGCUAACGCAGCUGCCACAACACGACGAGGGAGACGACAAUGUGGACGAUGAUGAUGAUGAUGGUGACUAUGCCUCGCUGAAGUAUCAGCCGAAUGGACCACAGUCCGUUAGUCGCGUGGAAAUCAACUGCACGCCCGCCACAAGCGCCAUUAGCUACCACACGGUUUAUCUUGGCGAGGAACCGCUUGGCGAGCGUCAUGCGACUGCGGGAGCUCAGCAUGUGACUACAGUGGAACUGGCUGGCGAGGAUAACAUAUACAAUACGCUCAAAUGAUGAUUUAUGUGAUUUCGGCGUCGACAUCGAUUAGCCGGCGCCAAGGGUCUAUUCUGAAUGUGAACGACAAUGCGAAUAGAAAAUAAAUGAUACACAAACUGACAGAAACCGUAAUAGAACCGAAAGAAACCGAUGCAGAUGCAAACAUGCUUCUAUAUCUACAUGUAUUUUACUUUUAAUCAUCCCUAACCUUGUAAGGUAAAACGCGAACAAAAUUGAAACUAACUAACAUUUCUAUAUAAAACUUAAAUCUCUCUUAUGAAAAGCAAGAAAAACCAAACGUAGAAUGAGUUAAGCACUGAAAACUUCAAUACGGAUAGAAUUAACUUUUACAAUAUAAAAAUGAUUUAAAAACAGUUGUACCAAGUGAAAAUUCCGCACCCAACAAUUAAUUUCAAUUACUUGUAUUCGAUAUUACUAUAUGAAAGUGAAGAUGCAAAUUUUGUAUUUGGGUUGUAUUUAAAUUGAAAAACCGAAACAUAUACUAAUUUAAUAGUUUGUAGUUGUAACACAUGAAGAAAACAAAACAAACAUUGUACAUGGAAAGCACGAUCGUUAGGGCGACUCGAAAUUCCCUCUACUCUAUAUAACAACGCUCUAUAAGCAAGCUCCCUCUCAAAAAAAUGACAACUCAAAUUGUAAUAUUAAAUGAUAACAAAGUGAAGACAAGCAAUUUGUAUUGUAUAUAGGCUUAGCACACACCACACACAAACAUACCACACACACUUAUAUUUAUAUAUUCGCAUAUAAUUCGUGAAACUGAAUAUUUGAAAUAUUUGCAAUAUUAUACAAUUGUAUACAUAAUAACUUACAUAUACAUAUUUACCUAGACAUAUAAUAUGAUAAUACAUCUCUAUCUCUAAAUAUGAAGUUUAGAAAUCUUAGCGCAAACCUAAGGUAUUACUAGCUUGUAGGCAAUCAACAACAAGUCAAAUCAAAUCUUAAACGGUAGAUAUAUAUAUAUAUAUAUAUACAAAAAUAUAUAUAGUAAUACACACAUGUAUAUCUAGAUCAUAAGACAUAAACAUACUUAUAUCUAUUAGAAUCUAUGACAUAAUGUAAAAUAGCUUGAAAUCUAUGGACUAACAAUUGUGGUCCACUUUUACACGAUCUCUCGUAUUUGUCGCUCUGUUUAAUACUGUAUACUAUAUACAAUAUAUAUACAUAUAUUUUUUUUUUUUACAAAAACAAAAACGGUCUGGCAUGGCCUUAAAAUUUCGUACUUCAAUCUGUCUGUCCGUUUCCAGUGCGAGUUUUCUUUUGUUUUCUCUAAGUCACAACAUUGAGCCAUAUUAAUAACUUGUUAAGCAGUCCCGAAUGCAUUACUAUAAUGAAUAUGUUCUAGUCCUCAGUUGAGAGAUUUCUAUGCGUGUGCUUUCUCUUGCAUUUGUUUUUUUUUUUGUAAAUUUCCUGUAUCAGAUCUAAAUAUUCGCGUCAGUUUGGAAUAUAAAUGAUCCUCUGGAGGUCUAUUAAUUUCCUACCAAAGCGACAUGCCAAACUGUGUGACCUUUUUUGGCAAAGCCAAAAGUAAUUUAAAUAAUUUUCGAUUCUCGAGUACUUUGAAUAAACAAUUAGCAAUGAAUUUAUGUUUUGCGAAAAACUUAUCAACAUAAUGAAGCAGUGAUUAGAUUUAUGUAAAUGGAUCUGUAUAGCUGAGAUUUUAUAAUAUUGUCUAUUCCCUUUAUUUAUCAUUUACGAUUGUUACAACACUUACCCAAUAUGAGUACAAGCAAAACUUUUGAUUUACAAAUGCAAUUGAAUUUGUUUUAUUUCUUUUUGUCUUAAUUUUACAGCUUUCUUAAGGUAAUGUUAUUUUAUAUUGAAUUAUUAAUUUUUUAUACUUAUAGACAAAUGCAGCUACAAUCAAGUUGAAGCAUGAUUAGUAUUCAGACGUAAAUAUUCAAGAUAAAUAGAUUAACAAAUGGAACCCUGUAAAAACUAAAGCAAUACUCACAAAAAAGCUAUGAUACUAGUUGUAAAACCUUUUGCAUGUUCUGAUAAAUGCAAUUUGGAUGCGUUUACACGACAAUUCGUAGUGAAAAGUGAUAGUAGCUAAGAAAGUUACAAGAUUAAAGAGGGAGAAACGCAAAUUCGUUAGAGAGAGAGAAAGAGUCUAUGAUGUGCAGCAGCUCUAAAAGAAAAAUUUAUCUUAAUAACAAUAAUAAUAAUAACAAUGGGUGUGGUGUGUGUAAAUGUACUAAGAGUACUUAUACUUUGUAGCGGUUACCUUUGCAUUUGAAUGUUUUGUAGACACGUAAGUCAGGCUUCACUGUAGCGCAAGGGUGAUACAUUGUGGAUAAAGUUGAUAAACAUAAGAUUUGUAUCUAUAUAAGCAACUACCCGCCAGCAUAUAAAUUGGUGUGAUAAUUAAAUGUCUAACAAACCAACAAACAAAUGAUACAUUUAUAAAUUAUAAUUAUAUAUAACGUAGUUAAACACAAAAAAAAAACAAAAACGAAAAAGGAAUGCAGUUUUGAAAUUUGCUUUUAGAGCACAAUAUAUACGAUAUACGAGAUAUAUAUAUAUAUAAAUAUACAUACUAUACAUUAUUUAUUAACUAUGCGCAUAGAGCAUUUAAAAAAUGAAUCAACAACUUUGCUUUAAUGUGAAAAAUACAAUACAUAUUAAAUGUCAUCAAAGAUUUAAACAUUAGCUAAACAAUUUUCGAAAGUCAUAAGCAGCGCUAAGCAAUUUUCAGGGAUUUUUAAAAGGAAAGGCAGAAUAAAACAA